AAACUUUCUCGGGAAAGUGAAACAAAACUUUACGUUAAGGUUCUUAUCCAUCAGGAUCUCUGCUUCUUUUCCAUACUAUUUACUGACCGUUAGCUCCACCAAGUCUAUUGCAAGAGCUCGACCAAGAGUAAUUGAAAUCACACACAUAUUACAUAUAUACAUACACACGCAUAUACAUACGCAUAUUUUGUGUGAAUUAGGGUUUGUGUAAGUUCUUAUCUGACAGAAAUGGAGGGAAUGGAUCACCUAGCUGAUGAAAGAAAGAGGACUCAAUUUGAUGUUCAAUCUAUGAAGAUCGUUUGGGCUGGUUCUCGCCAGGCAUUCGAAGUCUCUGAUCGCAUUUCCAAACUCGUCGCUAGCGAUCCGGCCUUCCGGAAGGAUGAGAGACCUAUGCUUGCGAGAAAGGAGUUGUUUAAGAACACUCUCAGAAAAGCGGCAUAUGCAUGGAAGCGGAUCAUCGAGCUUCGUCUUUCUGAAGAGGAAGCAGCCAAAUUAAGGUUUUUUGUUGAUGAACCUUCUUAUACGGAUCUUCAUUGGGGAAUGUUUGUACCUGCUAUAAAAGGACAAGGCACCGAGGAACAGCAAAAGAAAUGGUUGCCACUAGCAUACAAGAUGAAAAUAAUUGGCUGCUAUGCGCAAACUGAACUUGGUCAUGGCUCAAAUGUUCAAGGCCUUGAAACCACUGCAACAUUUGAUCCCAAAACGGAUGAGUUUAUAAUUCAUACCCCUACAUUGACUUCAAGCAAGUGGUGGCCUGGUGGACUUGGUAAAGUUUCCACACAUGCUGUUGUAUAUGCACGCCUUAUAACAGAUGGCCAAGAACAUGGAGUGCAUGGUUUUAUCGUCCAACUGCGGAAUUUAGAUGAUCACUCACCUCUUCCGGGCAUAACUAUUGGUGAUAUUGGAAUGAAAUUUGGAAAUGGUGCAUACAACACCAUGGACAAUGGGGUUUUAAAAUUCGAUCACAUACGUAUUCCAAGGAAUCAAAUGUUGAUGAGGGUUUCACAGAUUUCAAGAGAAGGGAAAAUUUCACAAUCUAAUGUUCCCCGCCAGCUAGUUUAUGGGACUAUGGUGUAUGUGCGACAAACAAUUGUAGCUGAUGCUUCAUGUGCUUUGUCGAAGGCAGUUUGUAUUGCCACGAGGUACAGUGCCGUUCGUAGGCAAUUUGGCUCUCAGAAUGGUGGGCCUGAGACCCAGGUGAUUGAUUACAAAACUCAGCAAAGUAGGCUCUUCCCUUUGCUGGCUUCUGCUUAUGCUUUCAGAUUUGUUGGUCAGUGGUUAAAUUGGCUAUAUAUGGAUGUGACCCAAAGAUUGCAAGCAAACGAUUUCUCGACAUUGCCUGAGGCUCAUGCAUGUACUGCAGGAUUGAAGUCUCUGACCACUUCUGCUACUGCUGAUGGGAUUGAAGAAUGCCGUAAAUUAUGUGGUGGGCAUGGUUACCUCUGUACCAGUGGGCUACCUGAAUUAUUUGCAGUAUAUGUUCCUGCCUGUACAUAUGAGGGGGAUAACAUUGUGCUUCUUCUACAGGUUGCAAGGUUUCUCAUGAAAACUGUUUCUCAGCUGGGAUCUGGAAAAAAGCCUGUUGGGACGACAGCUUAUAUGGGACAAGUGGAACAAUUGAUGCAACGUCACUGUGAUGUCCAAAAUGCUAAGGACUGGUUAAAGCCUAAUGUAAUACGGGAAGCAUUUGAGGCAAGGUCUGCGAGGAUGUCUGUUGCUUGUGCUCAAAAUCUAAGCAAGUUUGAUAAUCAGGAAGAAGGCUUUGCGGAACUCUCAGCUGAUUUAGUGGAGGCAGCAGUUGCUCAUUGUGAACUAAUUGUUGUUUCCAAGUUCAUAGAGAAGUUACAACAAGACAUUCCAGGAAAAGGGGUAAAACAACAGUUAGAGGUGCUCUGCAACAUCUAUGCCCUAUCCCUACUUCACAAGCAUCAGGGUGAUUUCCUCUCCACGGGCUGCGUCACUCCUAAGCAGGCUUCCUUGGCAAAUGAUCAGCUCAGAUCUUUGUAUUCCCAGGCUCGUCCAAACGCUAUUGCUCUUGUGGAUUCAUUUAACUACACUGACCACUUCCUCGGUUCGAUUCUCGGCCGGUACGACGGAAAUGUGUAUCCAAAAUUAUACGAGGCGGCGUGGAAAGAUCCUUUAAAUGACUCAGUUGUUCCUGAUGGCUACCAUGAAUAUAUCCGGCCUCUGCUGAAGCAGCAACUCCGAAGUGCUAAACUCUGAAAAAAACACUCCACCAUUGUUAUACUUUGUAAUGCUAAUAAAGUCACCCCUACAUGAUGAUGACUUCCAAAGUGAAGGUUGUUUGGACGUGGUAAAUUAAGCCGUUAUAUUGACAAUUUUAUCCGCAUGUCUUGUUAUAGUGAUUAGGUAAUUUAUGUUCUGAAACUCUUGCCGUCAGGCAGAUUUAAUCUGUUUAGACUUUAUUGUCUAUAUUUGGAUUUUCUGUCAUGCACUUGGAAUUAAUAAAUGAAAAGAUGUUAGUCUUAAUCUA